AUGUCAUCAUCAUCCUUUUCACAAAUUAGAUCACAAGCAUUAAAUCUAGAAAAUCAAACAGAAUCAUUAUUAUCAAAAUAUUCACAAUACAUUCAACAAUUAUCCCAAUCAUUAGAAAGUUCAACGGAAGAAAAUCAAAUAAAACAACAAAUAAAUGAUUUAUUAACUAAAAGAGAUACAUUAUUACAAAAAUUAAAUAGAAUAAGUGAAUCAUCAACUCAAGAAUUGUCCACAUCGAAAAUCCAACAAAUUCAAAGACAUUCACAAAUCUUAAAAGAUAAUCGAAUAUCAUUUAAUAAGAUAGAUCAAACCAUUCAAGAAGAAAGAAAUCGAAACAAUUUAUUAUUUUCAAUUCAAUCAGAUAUAACUAAUCAUAAAAGAAGAAAUUUACCAGAAGAACAACAAGAAAUAGAUCCAGAUUCUUAUAUUCUAGAAGAAAGUCAAAGAUCAGAUAAUUUAAAUUCUAUAGCAAAUAGAUUAUUACAGGGAGCUUAUUCAACAAGAGAUGAAUUAAUUAAUCAAAGAAAUAUAUUGAGUAAUUCAAAUUUAAAUAUAAUGAGUAAUAUUCAAUCAAUACCUGGUAUUAAUGUUUUGAUAUCAAAAAUUAAUUCAAGAAAGAAAAGAGAUACUCUAAUUUUAGCUGUUAUUAUUGCUGUUUGUAUAUUGUUAUUGUUUUUUGUUUAA